GAUAUAAUGACGUAGGUAGUUACUACACUGGAAGGAGAAGUUCGUAGCCUCGUAGGUAUCGCGGGAAAAUCGAUCAAUAAUCACCAUUCAGUAUUCACCAAAUCGUAUUGAAUAGUGUACCCUAAUUUCAUUCUUAACUUUGAAUCGACGUAGCGUAUUGUUUAAUCGUAAUCUAAUAUUUAUUAAACCGGAAUUUUAAACUUGUCUCAAUUGAAUAUUAUGAAUGUGAAGUUAUAACACUAGACCCUUUUAAAAAUGUAUCGUAUAUUAUUUUUGUGCUUUGUGGUGUCUGUGUCUUCUAAAUUUGUUUGGAAACACCAUAAUAAUGAAGAACUUCCUGUAGUUUUGGAAGAAGUUCAUCAAAAGUGUCCGAAUAUAACAAGGGUGUACGCUUUAACUGAACCUUCAGUUAGAAAUGUGCCUCUGUAUGUUAUUGAGUUAUCAGAUAGUCCUGGAGUCCAUCAGCCCUACAAACCAGAAGUUAAAUAUGUAGGGAAUAUUCAUGGAAAUGAAGUUUUGGGUCGAGAGUUGCUAUUGGGUCUUGCUGAUUAUCUCUGCGAACAGUAUAACAACAAUGAUCGUCACAUAAGGGCCUUAAUCCACAAUACUCGCAUACAUUUACUGCCUGCUAUGAAUCCAGAUGGUUGGCAAUUAUCAACUGAUGCUGGUGGGCAAGAUUACCUUAUUGGUCGCAACAAUAAUCAUUCUGUUGAUUUGAAUAGAAAUUUUCCGGAUUUGGAUGCAAUCACAUUUGAGUUUGAGCGACAGGGAAUAAGUCACAAUAACCACUUGUUAAGGGAUGUAACAAGACUAGCAGCUCCUUUGGAACCAGAAACCCGAGCUGUAAUGAGAUGGAUGAUGUCUAUACCAUUUGUAUUGAGUGCAGCAUUACAUGGAGGUGACCUUGUAGCAAACUAUCCUUAUGAUGAGAGUCGCAGUGGUGCUCCUGUCUCAGAGUACUCAGCUAGUCCAGAUGAUGAUACUUUCAGGGAUCUGGCAAUGGCAUACGCAAAUGCACACGCCGAUAUGGCCUCACCCAAACGCCGUGGCUGCCACACUGGUGAAGACGAAAGCAGCUCCUAUAACUUUGGUGUUCAGGGUGGAGUGACUAACGGGGCAGCUUGGUACAGCUUGAAGGGUGGUAUGCAAGACUUCAACUACCUAGCUACAAACGCGUUUGAGAUAACCCUCGAGCUGGGCUGCGAUAAAUAUCCACUGGAGAAGGACUUAGAGAAGGAAUGGCACAGAAAUAAGGAUGCUUUAAUUGCCUACAUCUGGAAAGCCCACACCGGGGUGAAGGGCAUCGUGACUGAUGACUCCGGGUUUAUACAAAACGCCGUUAUAUCGGUCGUUAAUAUUACCGGGCCUGUGCCGAAACCGAUCCGACAUGAUGUUACUACAGACGCGUACGGCGACUACUACCGCCUCCUGACCCCGGGCCACUACGAGGUCACGGCCAGUCACCCGGGCUACUUCCCCGUGUCCCGGGUGCUCUCCGUGCCCCACCACCAGGUCACCGCCAAGGUGCUCAACUUCAGGCUUGAGCCUACAUCGAGCUGGUUAGAUGAUUUUUCAUCCUUCGGUCUGUAUCCCCAUGGUCUCCGAGAUGGUCAGCCGCGCAUUUACAAACGGUCUCUUUAUGAAAAGGUCACCAACAUGCUACUGGAAAAGGACGCGCCUAAACAUUAAUAACAUAGGUACAAUUUUAAUGACAUUCUGUUGCAAUCUAUAAUAUUUUCUUUAGCAUAUCUAGUCUGUUGUUAGCAUCAUAUGUUUUCAAGUUCAUAAAACGAACUAAGAACAUUUAUUUCCGUAAUUUUACAUUUUAAGUCUAGUUUAAAGUUGAAUUUACGUAAUUAACAACCACCUCGGAAAAUUACCAACUUGUUGUAUUAAUUUGGAACUUCUCAUGCGUUCAACUAUUAGUUAUUAUCAUCAAAAUUCUCAAUUAUAAUAAUAAAAUUAGUCUUUUAAUAUCGUGAGUCGAACAAGUUGAUAUUUUGUUUCUAUAGACUCUAUAAUGGUGUCUUUCAUGUCGUUACAGACCAUUUAUUGUAUCUGUUUGUCUAUCAGAGCUAUCCGUUCAAAUGUUAGAUUACCUUUUUAAGUGACUCAAUGUAUAUAUUUUAUUAGUACUACUUAGAUAUUUUAUACGUAUAGAUAGUCUCUUGCUGUUAUACAAUUGAUAAAAACAGGUCAUGUUUAAUGCUUUAGUGUGCGUGAAUAGCUACUUUAACACUCGCGAUUUGUACGACAAUUUGUGUUUGUGUGCGUGAAUUGCUCAAAAUGGAGGUUAAUUCUAAACUCAAUUUUGUUCGACGUUUUCACAGCUCUCAUAGUGUAUCUAGACGUAUAAAAUAAUGAUCUAAGUUGUAAUAUUUCUUCUAUGUGCUUAAAUAAAGACGGCCUUGCUAAAUCUCAUGAAGAAAAGAAUGAUUAUUUAAAAGUGUUGAAAAUAUUAUAUUUUGUAAUGAAACUAAUUUCGACUUGCUCUAUGUACUAUUAAAAUGUAUUUUAAUGAAUAAACUAGCUAAUAAAAAUAAUUCAAUUAAUAUCCGUAUGUAAAGUAACACCGCGUUUAUUGUGAAGUAUUUGCAUUGAUUAAAGUACCUACCUAGUCUGUAUUUAAUGAAUGUAAUUUAGUUAAUAUUUAUUGAGUAUGUCAUAUUAUAAAUAAUAAUUGGUGUCAUAUAUUUGGUGUUAUGGAUAGAAUCAAUUAGAGUAAGUAAGUGAAAAUACAUAGUGGAAUUUAUAAACAAAUAUUAUGUUUUGGUUUGAGGUGAUCACCUGCAAAACAGCAAAAUUAUUAUCUUGUUGAAUGGCCCCGCCAUGGAUCUGGAGCGGUGCCGUUGAUUGCGCAGAGUCUAAAAAAGGUAUCUUAUUCCAGUGCUGGAUACAAUAAAUUCGCUCUACGCUCAAGAUAGUGCCAGGGCCUAAAUAUCUUUUUUUUUAUAUUAUACAUACAUUGAAAUGUGAUAAUAUCAGUUCUAGUCGAAUACUAGUUCCUUAUUGAGUUCAACAAAAAAAUAUAGAAACGUAUUUUAUCUACUCCAAUUGAACAUUAUCUGACUUUAAAGUGAUUGUAAUCGAGUAUAGUUUUCAACCUAAAAGUUGAUUAAUAUGGAAAUGUUGUUAAGGAACUUUGAGAAUAUAACCAAGAGGAGAUGGUAUUCCGUAAUGUUAAAAGUGACAGCUCGUACCUAUUCUAUGUAUUAUUGACCAAACUCGACCAAUUCUAAGUUUGUCAGAAUUUAUUAGUUAGGAAAAUCUAGGUUGGAAUAUACAUACAUGAAUAAAACAUCAGUGUAGAAGGUAAAUUAUCUGUUAAAACGGGGCAGAUCUGAACACUACGAACCGGUUAUGACGAUAUUAUGAAUGUAUACGAAUCUAUCGCACGCGUUCUUCAUUAACGAUGUCUUGUCGGGUUCCUACAUUUAAUCAAAAUAAACCUGUGAAUUAUCAAAAACUUUAAAAUUUUGCAAUGAAAUUAUAAUUGAGUCGUGUAAAUUGUAAUCACAUAAUGACGUGUGCUAAUUAUAACAUAUUUCUUUAAGUCAAAUGUACUGUACUGUGUUUACAAAACCAUACGCAUUGGCAAAUCGUCUCCGUUUGAUUAAAUACUUAAAGGUAAAGUUUAAUGUAUUGAAUAUAAAUAGAAUAAACCGAUCUUGUCUUUGUAAUUGAGUGUUGAACACUGAAUAAAAGUUUAUUGUGCAAAC